CUGGGAACGAACGAACGACCGACCGUCAAUUUGUCAAGCAAGCCGCAAGCGUCUGUCAACCCAGUUUUUCUUUCAGUUUUCCGAGUUAGUUUUAAGAUUUAACUAAUAAUACGCAUUUUUUGCCAUUAUAUAUUCAUAAUGGCACGGGAAAGCAGUGCAGGAUUUGAUAGACAUAUUACCAUCUUUUCUCCUGAAGGAAGGCUUUAUCAAGUUGAGUACGCACUGAAGGCCAUCAACCAGGGCGGGCUGACGUCGGUGGCGCUGCGCGGCGCGGACGCGGCCGUGGUGGCGGCGCAGCGCAAGGUGCCGGACCGGCUGCUGGACGCCGCGUCCGUCACGCACCUGUUCCGCCUCACCAGCCGCAUCGGCUGCGUCAUGACCGGCAUGAUAGCGGACAGUAGAUCUCAAGUUCAAAGGGCUCGAUAUGAAGCUGCCAAUUGGCAAUACAAAUAUGGCACAGAGAUUCCGGUUCAUAUACUGUGUCGUCGUAUUGCUGAUAUCUCCCAAGUCUACACACAAAAUGCUGAAAUGCGACCUCUUGGAUGCAGUAUGAUGCUGAUCGCAUACGACGACGAGUCCGGCCCCUGCGUGUACAAGACGGACCCGUCGGGCUACUACUGCUCGUACAAAGCUGUGGCUGCCGGGGCAAAGACAACGGAUGCUAAUGCUUAUCUUGAGAAAAAGCUGAAGAAGCGCGGCGAGCUGGCGGCCGCCGACGCCGUGCAGCUGGCCAUCGCCUGCCUCAGCCAGGUGCUGUCCGUGGACUUCAAGGCGUCCGAGGUCGAGGUCGGCAUCGUCACCAAGGACAACCCCGACUUCCACAUGCUCACCGAGAGUGAAAUCGACAGGCACCUCACUGCCCUCGCUGAAAAGGAUUAGGUGAAUGAACAACAAAAAAUUGCUUGUAUCUUUUUUUUAAAUAAAGUAUAUAUGAUAAAAAAACAA